UCUUUGUGUCUUGCACUCAAUUUUUUUUUUAAUUUUUUUUUUAAUUUCCUUACUUUCUUAUCGCGACCAUCGUUUUAAUGAAAGACAACAAUGAAUACAUUGAACUCUCCAAAACCGGAAGCGAUGAUGAGCAAGACGAACCACCAGAUAUCUGUCAUAAGAGCUGUUGCCAUGGCGACGAACAUCUUACUCAGCUCAAUCAUGGACAAUUAAUGUCAUUAACUAAUGACGGCUCAAGCACUUCUACGCUCUUGGAAAAUGCUUUUCCGAGAGACUAUGACACUCCAGAAAAUGAAAGAAAAAAGACCAAAAAAGAAAUAGCAAAAGAUUUGGCUUGUCAGGCCUUGCCUUCUCUUAUUAUUUCAGUCGUCGGGUUUAUUAUUGCAGGUGUUUGGAUGGACCAAUUUCAGCACUGGGAUGUAUUUCUCAAGACUAGCGAGCUAUUUAUUCUUGUGCCCAUCUUAUUAAAUCUCAAGGGAAACCUAGAGAUGAAUUUGGCAGCCAGAUUAUCAACAUCGGCUAAUUUGGGUGACCUAGACCCAGGGCCUACUCGUUGGCCAUUAUUGUUUGGAAACUUGGCAUUGCUUCAGGUCCAAGCUUUAGUGGCAGGCGCGAUUGCAGGUAUAGCUUCAUUUGGCCUUGGACUUAUUACCAAGCCAGGGAGCAGUACAAGCUAUUAUGAAAGCAUGUACAUGACCUCAAGCUCAAUGAUAUCUGCUUCCUUUUCCGGCACAAUUCUUGGCGUCUUUAUGUGUGCCCUCAUUCUAAUGUGUAGAAAAUUCGACAUUGAUCCUGAUAAUAUUGCUUGUCCUUUGGUGUCUUCGCUUGGAGAUAUUGUUACGCUUGUUCUCCUGUCAGGAUGUGCAGUUCUCUUGGAACGACAUAUGAACACACUCCUGAAUACGUUUAUAUUCUUUCUUAUGCUUUCGUUCUUGCCUGUGUUUGGAUAUCUUGUCUGGCGAAACAAACAUGUCAAGGAUCUCCUAUUCACCGGAUGGAGUCCGAUUAUUUUUGCGAUGUUGAUCUCAAGUCUGGCAGGAAUUCUAUUGGAGAAAUAUGUUGAGGAAUACAAGGGCGUGGCACUUUUGACACCUGUUUUGAUCGGGCUGGCCGGAAACUUGGGUUCUAUAUAUGCAUCACGAAUAAGCACCUGCUUACAUAGUGAUACAAUAGAGAGUUAUCGAGUAGUUGAAUGGACAUUGCUAGGAAUGAAUAUGCCAGUGCAGACUGUAUUUUUGUUGAUUAUCUGGGCAUUUAGUAUGGGUCAGCUCCAUUACAAUGCUUGGUUUUUCUUUAGUUAUUUUUGUAUAUCAAUGUGCUGUACCUGGACAUGUCUCAAAAUUGGAAAAUUCAUGACACUUGCAUUCUGGAAAAUGGGAUAUGACCCAGACAAUUACGUGAUUCCCUACUUAACGGCCUCGAUUGACGUAAUUGGAACUGUCCUGUUAGUACUAACAUUUUCUUGGUUGACAUCUUCCGGUGCAAAUGACAUGAAGACCAUUCCAACCGAGCCAUAGAAUGCCAUAUACCAAAGUGAAUCUUUGGUUAUAUUGGUUUCAAACCUCUCAUUAUAUCUUAUAUCUUAUAUUUUCAUAUUAUUUUUUUAGAAGCAGGCCUUCCUGAUGUUUUUUUUUUAUUGAUACAUUUGCAUUGUUCUUUGUUAAUUCUCUCUCUUUCUCUCUCUUUUUUUUAUAUAUUUUUAUUACUAUUUGUCUUGCUUAUAUUUCUUUAUCUAUUGCUAUUUUUCUUUCUGUCUUUUUGUCUUCCUUUAAUUCAUUCAUUUCUCUAGUGUUACCUUUAUAGCUUUUCAGCAACAACAGUAACAAACGAACGAACAAACAAAAAAGAGGAAUAAUAAUAAGAACAUGCAAUUACAGCUUU